AUGGCGAACUGCAGUGGCAGGAUUGAGCAGGGCAUACUUACUUUUGAAAUUAUUCUUUACAGCCUACUCACCUUUUUCGGAGUCAUAUUUAAUACAGUUGCCUUGUGGGUUUUCUGCUUCAAACUGGGCAAAUGGACAGAGACCAGAGUUUACAUGAUCAAUUUAGCCCUGGCAGACUACACGCUGGUCCUUAUCCUACCAUUCAUCAUGUACUUUCACUACAACAACUGGCCUGUGGAUGACUUUUGCUCUGUCAUAUUCGGAAUCAGUAGCAUGAACAUGCCAAUGAGCAUAGGCAUCAUCAUGCUAAUAGCGGUUGAUCGGUACCUUGCCAUCAAACAUCCCCUGAAAGCCAAAGUAAUCAGGUCUCCACGGAAGGCAGCUCUUUUCUGCUUAUUUGUUUGGCUCUGUUGCUUGCUUUAUACAAUCCCAUUCAGUCUCUCGUUGAAAGGAGAGUUUUGUUUUCAUAUACUUUCUAAGGAGAACACAGCUCUUACCCUGGUCAGAUUAAUCGUUUUCUUUUUCAUACCACUGGUUAUAUUGUUGUUUUGUUCCGUACAAGUCAUCCGAUGCCUCAGGAAGAAACAUAAUGCUGGUCCUCAUGAAGAAAAGUUAACCCAGAAAGCCAUCUGGGUGGUCUCAGUCAACUUGGCCACCUUCAUUAUAUGCUUCCUGCCUUUCCACUUGAGUUUACUGUUUAGCUACGUAGCAAAAUCAUUUGGAGGAGCUGACUGCGAGGUGUGGCAAGCCAUUGCCAAUACCAUACACGCAACUGCAUUAAUGACCAAGCUAAAUUGCUGCUUGGAUGCUGUGUGCUAUUACAUGGUUGCUAAGGAAUUCCAGGAAGCUGCAGCACUCUUGCCUCCCUUCAACGUAAUGCAAUCCAGGUCCAAUUUAACUCAAGAUUCACAGCUGCAAAGCAAAACACCCGAAAAUUCACAACUGCAAAGUUUAAACAGCUGAAAUCGCAAUGUUAUUUUAAGCUGCAUCUAGUCUCACCUUUGGAGCACUAUGUCCAGUCAAUUGAA